CUUGACCUUGUUAUCCCUUUUUUUUUUUUUCUAAGGCGGAGUGAAAUUAUGAUAUUUGUCUUUGCCCUAGCACACUAGUCUUGUAUUGACGUUUUAAGGAGGCUAACGUUGCAUAGCCUACCGGAAUGAUAGGGCUGCAGUAUGGCCUGAGGAUCUGACCUCGCAGGACGAUCACUGGGUCAACACAUCUCUCAUCUGUUGUGUCCAUUAUCCCAAGAAAGGUAAAGACAAAACUAGAGCUGCUACAAGGAGCUUCUUUAUACCGGAAGUGAUCCUGUGAGGUCGUCAUGGGAAGCAAAGUCAGCUCCAAAAUGGCAGCGCCCGCCGCCCGAGUUAUCCAGGCUGUUCGGCCUCACGCUCCUCUGAUCAAGUUCCCCAAAAGACAAGACGUCGCAAGGCCCAAUGUCCAAGAGGCAUUGAAAACGUUAGCAGUUAACGCCUCACCACACAACGCUCCAGCGCCUCCUUUAUCAAGACCUCAUGUACCGUUGACCCCCAUUUCUGGCACGCCAGACACCCUGGCCUCUAUUCAGCUACUACCUGCAAGGUACCGCAGGAGACCGAUGGCGGUGGAUGAAAUGGACUACAUCCAGCGUGGUGGACCAGAGUGACAUGAAGUAACUCAACCACUGCAACCAGAGUCCUUAUCUGUUGGAGAUCAGUAUGUGUCUUUAACUCUGUUCCUCAGCACAAGAGAACCUAUUGCCACAUGAGACAUGAUGUAGAAUAAAGUAUUGCAUAAAGCCUGUUAAAAUGUACAUAUGUUUAUUUUUUUAGAUAGAAUUGUAUUAAGUUCAUACUAAAUGGAUAUCUUCAGCAAAGCUAUAACGAGAGUCUAGGGUUUCCUUAUUUACGAUUUCUUAUAAGUUUGUUUUUGUUAAACCUUGGUUUCAACAUUAUACCAACAUAAGAUUUUUAAUUUAGUCGUAUUUUUUUAGCUUCACUUGCAAUACCACCACAUCUAAAUCAAAGCAUGAGGCUCUGUUUCAUAGAAGAAAAUGGUAAAGUUCCUUUGCUUUUCAUGCCUUUCACUGCAAUACACUAACUGAUCUGUUUGUUGGAAAUAAACCAGGCUGAAGUGAUGCUGGAUAUCAAGUUGCAAUAGUACUGAGUGAAGUGGUGUUGAGUUCAUGUUAACUCCUGCUGGAUUUAAACGAUUAAAAGAAUAUUGUGUUUUGA